GAAGCGGCAGGCGCACUACGAGAUCAAGUGUGGGAGUGCGUGUUUGUUUAUGUGUCUGAGAGGAGAGAGAGACGGGAGGCUCACUGGAUCAGCGCUGCAUCGUGGAGUAGUUUCUAGUAACACUGAGGAAGAGUGGGAGUGUGGACUCACAGAGGAAAAGUCUGAAGAGGAGGGGGAAGUGAUUGAGGAGGAAAAAAAGAGAAGGAGAGACACCUUCCCAAGAGAGGAGGAGUGAAACCACCGGUAAGAAAAUAUUAAUGAUCUGACAAAAAAAGCUCACAACAUCCCGAGUGCGAGACGGGCUUAUGAUCAUCACUCCAAACACGCACAAGGGCCACGCUGACACAACCGAAAAAGUGGAGGAAAGAAGAGGACACGUGAUUCGCCUUGGGACUCUAUCAAAAUAAAAGUCAUCCUUGGAUUUUUCAUUACUUUAAAAUACCCUGGACCCAAAGUCCUCCUGUCGUGCUGACCUUUUCCAAGUCCAGCCCCCCCCCUCUCUGCCAGGAGCAAAGAUGAGCUGCAGGAAAAGGUGCAAGCGGGAGAUCUUCAAGUUCGCUCAGUACCUGUUCAGACUCAUCACAGGGACGCUCAACACUGACAGUGUGGAAGAUGAGCUUGAACUAUCCGCAGUCCGCCAUCGCCCUGAGGGCCUGGAGCAGCUCGAGGCGCAGACCCGUUUCUCCCGCAAGGAGCUCCAGAUCCUCUACCGUGGCUUCAAAAAUGAAUGCCCCAGCGGUGUCGUGAAUGAAGAGACUUUCAAAGACAUCUACGCACAGUUCUUCCCACAAGGAGAUGCUUCAACAUACGCACAUUUUCUCUUCAAUGCAUUUGACACAGACCACAAUGGCUCUGUGAGUUUCGAGGAUUUUGUUAUGGGCCUCUCUAUUCUCCUGCGGGGCACAAUCCAGGAAAAACUCAACUGGGCUUUCAACCUGUAUGAUAUCAAUAAAGAUGGAUAUAUCACUAAAGAGGAGAUGCUCGACAUCAUGAAGGCCAUCUACGACAUGAUGGGAAAAUGUACAUACCCAGUCCUGAAAGAAGAGACGCCUCGUCAGCAUGUAGAAGUCUUCUUUCAGAAGAUGGAUAAAAAUAAAGACGGCGUGGUUACCAUAGACGAGUUCAUCGACUGCUGCCAAAACGAUGAAAACAUCAUGCGAUCAAUGCACCUCUUUGAAAAUGUUCUUUAACUUUUGGCUGACGGAGACAGCUCUGGGAGAGUACUUCAUCUUUAGCUCUGACUUGGACUCAUACUGUGUACAGUGUGCUAUGCAGACUUUGACCAUAGAUAAAGCAUCGUUCAUGACUGUGGGGUAGGAGUAGGCAGCAUGGUGCCAGCACUCUGGAAAAAGAUGCCUUUUGAACAUUUUAUUAAAUAAGUCCAAUUAAGAUUAAAAGACAGAGAAAACAGAGGGGGGAGGGUUUUAAAAGCAGUGCUGAUUUUUCAAAAUAAAACACUUCAAGGUUGACUCCCACCUCCUGUCUCUGGAGUGUCUUUCAAUUUACCAAACGCUGCGUUCUGCGGGCUGUUUUAGCCUUCGACUUUACAAAACACACAAGCAGAGAUUUCAGCUGCAGCCUUGACUUGUUUCAUUUACUGCCAAGUGAAAUCACUGUGACUUUUUACAGCAUCAAGAGAAAAAACACAACAAACAUCUCAAGUUUUCACAUUCCAAACUGGCCCUUAUUUCCAGAGUGUUCUCGCCUCGACUUAGUUUACCAUCGUGGUCUUUGAAAGAGCAUUUAGAGAAAAAAUAAACAGGUGUAUCAUUUUAAAUUGUAAAUACUAUAGAUAAAGCAUUAGAUAAUAACUCUGUGAGGAGUUUUCAACUUUGUCCAUGUUUACUUGCCAACUAGAAAUGAGACAACACAAGGAUUGUAUUGAUGUCAAAAUCGGACCAUGAUACCGAUGGUUUGUCUACAGAAGCACACAGGUAGCUACAUUUACCACCAGUUAGAACAUUAGAUGAAAUAUUUGUCUUAAAAUAAAAGCUGCUUACAGUGUCUUUCUUUAACCUUCUGUAUUUUCCCUGUAAACAUCAUAAUUAUUGUUUUAUUUUUGUUUUGGCAGCACUGUUUACACUGAGAGCAGUGCUGGAGGUUAUUUAUAUGCUGUUAUAGUCAUUGUACAAAAGACUGUCAGUUGUACAGUAUUAAAGGAAAGUUUGCU